AUGGCUGAAGUUGUGCGUAACGCCACACAAAUCCCCACCUUGCACGCAGAUGCCUCCUCAGUCGGGGAACUCAAUCUGAAACCUCAUGCACCUCGCCCCACAAACAGGAAGAAUUCAGACGUGACUGACACAUCGUCUACUCUCUUACAGGAACACCCUCAACCAGCCCCCUUACGAAAACCUCGCAAAUCGGUCGCAUUCAGCGGCGACAGUACCAUCAUGGAUGAAAAUGGCGAGAUCUCAGAGGCUCCCUUGUCCGGCGCCGAGGACAAGGUCACGGCAGAGAAACACUCAUCACCGCCCGACGACCAAGCUGUCGAUGAGAUGACGGAUAUGUUCGCCGGCCUCAACAAGAAAAAGAAGAAAGCGACCAAGUCGAAAACAGAGGACAAGGAGGAUGGCGAGGCUGCCGCUCCCGGCACCGGUGCUGAGGGCGACUUCGACGCCUCCGUCCUGAAGAAAAAGAAAAAGAAGACGACCAAGCCCAAGACCGAGGGAGAUGACUUCGCCGAAAAACUCGCCCGCGCCGGCCUUGCAGAUGCAACGACUGAAGAGAAGGAGGAAGCUGCAUCACAGGAUCAAUCAGGGGAUAUGACCCAGGGAACUGGGAUCUGGGCCCACGAUGCCACAUCCCCGAUCUCGUACGAGCUUCUCCUGAAACGAUUCUUCUACCUUGUGAACGAACACAACCCGGACAUCCUGUCCUCCGGCAGCAAAUCAUACAAGAUUCCACCCCCUCAAUGUCUCCGGGAAGGCAACAAGAAGACCAUUUUCGCCAACAUCGCUGAGAUCUGCAAGCGGAUGAACCGAAACGACGAGCACGUCACCCAGUUCCUGUUCGCCGAACUGGGUACCAGCGGUUCCGUGGACGGGUCUAAGAGAUUGGUCAUCAAGGGCCGAUUCCAACAGAAGCAGAUCGAGAACGUCCUGAGACGAUAUAUUGUCGAGUACGUGACGUGCAAGACAUGCCGAUCCCCCAACACCGAGUUGAGCAAGGGUGAGAACCGGCUGUACUUUGUUACGUGUAAGUCAUGUGGCAGCAGACGGUCGGUCACGGCUAUCAAGAGCGGUUUCACAGCCCAAGUCGGCAAGAGAAAGAGGCUCAAUGGAUAA